UCUAAUUAUUUAUUGAAUUUCUGAGUAGUAUAUUGUUUACCAAGGUUUCCAUUAGUUAAAAUUUAGCUGGGUACCUAGUUAUGGCUAGCCAGAAGCUAGCUAGGUAUCUCUAGUUAGGUUCUGGCUAGGGCCAGGAGCUAAACAGUUCAAGAAGGAGCAACUGCCAUUUAGGCUAUUAUAUGUAGUAUAUUUAAGCUAUGAUAGUCUAUGCAGGUGAUAUAUCAUAAUGAUACCAUUGUUUUCAUUAAAUAAUUGCAAAUGGUUGCUAAGCUGUGAUAUUCAACAACCCAAGGAAAUAAUCAAAUAUUAUUUGGGACCCAACGUCACCAGCUGAAUGUAACUGUUCUGCCCAAUCUUAGGACGCUGCCCAAUCUUUGGACAUAAAAUUGCCCAGUCUUAAGACUGGGGUGUCACAAGAUUGGGCAAAAGACCAGGGUGUCACAAGAUUGGGCAAAAGACCAUGUUAGGCCCAUCCUUGGUGCCUUUUAGAUUUUAAAGAAGGGAUGUAUGUUCUGCCCAGAUUGCGAAAACGGCCUGUUCACAACCGGGACAGCCGGAUUAUGUAUGCAUGGUCCGAUUAUGUUUUUUACCUGGUUAUCAGCGUUCAUAACCCGCUUGAUUAUGAACGCUAAUAUAAAUGGCUGGCAUUUUCUUCAAACUUUGUAAAUUAAACAUUCUCUGGAAGAUAGCACACCCCUAAAAACUAGACAUGGUGAAAGAAAAAAGUGUGGACGUAAUUCUUAGUAUAAACUACUCUUGUAAAUACAUUUCAACAUAUAUACUUUAAAGUAACUAAAUUUCACGGAACCUAAAUUAUUCUUUUUGCAGAAAUUAUUUUGGUGAAAAGUUAUUAAACUUGCGAAUCCCAAAAUUUAGUAUUUGCCACGAAAUUUUGUUUCAUUUAAGAACAACAACAACUUUGCCACCAGGGCUAUUUGCUUGUCAGAAGUGAUGACAAAUGAUAUAAAGCAGUCAGCCCCGAUUGUAUUUGUUUUAUAAGUCUCGAAUAAUAUUUAAUUGUUAUACAUAAGCCGGCCUUUCCCGAUUAUGUUCGUUCUAUAAUAAGUGAGAAAUAAUAUUAGACUGUCGUAUAUAAAAUGGCCUGCCCUGAUUAUGUUCCUUUUAUAAGUGACAAAUAAUAUUUUUUGAGUAAUAAAUCGGCCCAUCCUGAUUAUGUUGCCCUAAUUAUGUAUUUUCUGCCCUGUUCUUAACCAGGGCAAGCUGCAAGUCCCAACAAACAUUCUCAGGCACAUUAAAACAUCAUAUUUUGGGUACUGUUGAAUUGACCCAGCCAAAUUUUGGACACAGUAGAGUGAAAAUCAUAGCUAGCUAGGUAGCUGGUAGAGAACGUGUUAUACAUUUAGCAUUUAUAUACAGCUUGUAGUAGUGGCUAAAUUUUAAAAAUAAAAUGUUUAUAUUUAUGAAGAAUCAGAAAAAUCGUAUUCAACCAUAUUAUUAGUUAGCUAGCUGUUAAUUUCAUUGGAUGAGAUGUUUAACUAGCUAGCGAGCUGUAGCCAGCUAGUUAAUAUCAUAGUCUAUAGAAGAAAAACCUUAUUAGACUAUGCUAAUAUGGUUGAGUAGUUUCAAUUUUUUAUACAUAAAAUACAUGGUAUAUAUAAAUUGUCAGCCUUCUGAUUUUCCAAGAAAAGUUUCAAUUUAAAGUUCCUAUUAAGAGGUAAAUUCUAAAAAAUUUAUUGUUCUGUUUGUCUUCCACAAUUGUUCUAAGAUUGGGCAUGUACUUCCAUAGAUUGGGCAGUCCAGUCUUAAGACUGGCCACCCAUUUGUCACUGUCAGAAGAUUGGCCUGGCCAGUCUUAAGACGGGGUGUGUUCCAAGAUUGGGCAGAACAUAACCCUACAGUGCCACUGAUUUUUAUGAGAGUAAUAAAAGGUUGAAUAUUCCAGCACCGCACUGAAAAUGUUUCUCGGGACUCAGCCCAAAAGCUAUAGGACAUGUUUUUUAGACCCGGGCUGACAUUUUCAAUCAUGAGAAUUGCUAAUAAUAGUUUUCGCACCUGUAUUAUUGUUGAAUUGAGAUGCUGUCAAAAAUGGCUUUUUGAUGUCCUGAGAAAUGCAUAAAUUUUUGAACUCUGAAACUAUGAUAAUAGGUCCAAAAACUUUUGGCUCUAUUUCAUUGGACUGGUUUAAAACCACAGCAUACCAGGUUUUGAGAUACUCUUUUGAUUUUUUAAGAAGUUAUGGGACUUUUAAUUUUAACCACAAAUACGAUUUUAUACUGUUAUUGAAAUUGUUUUGUAAAAUUACCACCUUUAGUAAUGUUUAAAUUCACAAAUGAUGUCAUGGCAGUAUAAUAAGCUAAUUAAUAAUUGCAAGCAUUUGCAUACUCUAUUUCAUUGGACUGGUUUAAAACCACAGCAUACCAGGUUUUGAGAUACUCUUUUGAUUUUUUAAGAAGUUAUGGGACUUUUAAUUUUAACGACAAAUACGAUUUUAUACUGUUAUUGAAAUUGUUUUGUAAAAUUACCACCUUUAGUAAUGUUUAAAUUCACAAAUGAUGUCAUGGCAGUAUAAUAAGCUAAUUAAUAAUUGCAAGCAUUUGCAUACGUGCCAUUAAAAUUAGGGUUAAGUAUCCCCUUUAACCUUUUCCAUGAAAAUCAUAAAUGCAGUAAAUAUAGUAAAAAAGCAUAGUUAAAAAUUUUUAUUACGUUCUUUUAAAUCAAAUUGUUAUGUAAUUGUAUAUAAUAACAAAUUCCUCAUGAAGACUCCCAGGAGCUAAAUAAUUUGGAAAAGCAUUUUUUAUAUAUAGUUUGUUUGAUUUUACUGUUGGUAUAUUACUUCUGCAACUAAAAUAAAACACAGGCUACAACAACCUGUAAAUAUCAGAUAUUUACCUAACUAGUCUAAAAUCUCCUAACUAGAAUACUAUCCUAAUAGUAUAGUAGCCUAAUUUGUUUUCCCUAAAUGAUGAAGAUUGGUUGCAUAUAGGUAAUCUUUACUUAUAUCACUACAUAAAGCUUUUUUGUUUUGAUAGAUAGAUAGAUAGAUAGAUAGAUGUGCAUAUUUUACAUGGCUAGCCUCACAAAUAUCGAGGGAUAUACCCUGUCUAUUAUUUCCAGGAGGGGCCAUGGCUUAGAUGGAGAGUCCUAGAGUAUUUAAUGCUCAUUUUGAGCUACGCAGACCCAAUUAGUAGGGCCCACGCUCUACCAGACAACUCCCGGCAACAUCCAACGGCCCACACAGUGUGCCAUCUCCCCAAUUUCCCUCACAUGGCUUGGGUUAACCCGGGGCUAUGGUAACAUUCACUCGCCCAUGUUGAAUCGCCGUCAAGAGGAAUUGAACCCCGGUCUCCCGCACAGAGUACGAAAGCUAUAACCACUAAUCUACGGCGCCACCCAAAUGUAAUUUAUUAACUAUGUUUCAGCUGUUCGACAGCCAUUCUUAAGUACAAAUCAUUGGCAUAAACAACUAUUGCAAUAUUUUUAUACAAAUAAUUGUAUAUACGACCAUAUCCGAUGAUCAUAACCUUGGCCUUAAAUGGACUGUCCGGUGAAAAAUGAUUAUAAAGUAUUAUUUUAAAUUAUCACAUAGAAAAUACCUUUCUUUUUUGAUAUUAUUCACUUAAUCAUACAUAAUCAAACUUUUUAUCGUAGUUGUUGUUAAUGCAUGGCUUCAUCUUGUUGCUGCAAAUGUCGGAAAAGGUCCUGAGUUAAAAAUUUAAUAUGCGUAAUUAUGCAUGUUACGUAAGAACAGUGGUGAAAACAUACUAUAUGCAGUGAAAGUGUGUAGCGUAUUCGGUAGAAAAUAUAACCCUCCCCCUAGAAGUUAGGUGUUUAGAAACUUAUUUUAUAAAAAAUUUCAAUUUUAACCUCUUCUCUGCAAAUUAUGAAAUGCGAUUAUUACUAUGCCUUCCUGGAACACAAAAAUCAUGGUAUUAGGUUUUCGUUAUGAACCGGAAGAUUUAUAAAAUACGGGUUGCUCCUGAAACACAUUGUUUCAAACUCCGUAUUGAAUUAAAGUUGAAGUGUAUAUACCCUAAAAAUUAAUGCACAGCUAUAAACCAUCUCAUUUUGAUAACAUAAUUUUGUUAACAUAUUUUUAGACAUUUAUACUAACUUUGCGUUAUAUUUUUUUAGACUGAAGCUUUGAAGUUUUGUGCAGUUUCCUGGUUUGAAAGAAUUGCCUACCAUUCAGAAGUACAGUUCUCACGAGUUUGAUAACUUAAAAGAUGCAGUGAGAAAAAAGUCACCGUGCAAUGUGUUAGUUGGCGUUAUUGAAAAAAUAAUGGCUUUGAAAAAUGUUUUGGUUAUUAAAGUAGCUGAUGGCACUUGUGAAGCAUUUGUUCGUGUCCAGGAGUACUCCGACAAAUUAUCCAAAUAUAUCAGCUCUGGGGAUAUAUUGUACCUAAAAAAAAUAACUUUUGAUGAGGAUAAAAUGGGAGAAUUUGCCAAAAAAUCAUUGAUUUCGAAACAUUCAAACAUGGUGUUACCAUAUCCAGAGCAUUGGAAAAAAAUGUUUUAUUUCGAACAUUUGGAGGCACUUCAUUCGUUUAUCUACUGCAAUUAUAAUAUUGUUAAAAAUACAUCUGAUAACGACGAAAGCGAAUGGAGCAUCUUUUCCUUUAGCGAAAAAGAUCCAGAGUUCAUUAUCACAAUUGCAUCCGAUGAAGCGCCAGCGCACAUGGAGGAAAUGAAUUCAAUGCAGAAAGAUAACCUGGUUCAAAUUCAAGAAGAAGAAAGCACUUCGGAAUACGAGCCCAGCUCAUUGGAUAGUGAAUCAGAAAAAGAAAGAGAAGAUCAACAUCUUAUAAUGUAUCAUAAAGCUAAGAAAAGAAAACAGUCUGAUGUCAACAAAAACACUGCAACUAACAGAAAGAAUGGAAAAAAGGAGAGUGGGAAGAUGGAAACAUCAGACUCCGAAGAGGACAUCUUCUCUCAACGCAAGACAAAGAAACUAAGACAAGCAGAGCAAGCUGCGGAGUACCAGCCACAAGACAUUAUUUGUAAAAAGCGUGAAUUUCAACACCGCUUAAAAAAAAGGAAUGCCCCUCUUAGAAAAGUGAAAACCGAAUUGCAAUUGAAGAAGCAGAGAAAGAAAGUUGAAGAACUCGUUUCCCAACAUUUGGGUUCUGCUGAUGCUAUAACACAGCACUAUCAUGGUUUACAAAAAAAGUACUAUAUCUACAAGUGUUCUGUCUGUGGGGCGUUUGUGAGCGAAAAAUUAAGAAGACACUUACAAGAAAAACAUAAAUACUCAUGGUCGGAUGCCAGGCUACAGGAAACAAAGAUGCGUGUAUUUUUUCUGUGGUGCAACGCGACAAAACAUGAAACACAUUUACCGUUGCCGUGUAUGGAGUGCAGCGAAUGGCAUACGAGGCUAGAUCAUCAUCUCAAACGUCAUCCUUUUCAUAAACAGAUGUCUAUGGAAGAAAUAAAAGAAACAGUAGAGCAAGCUAGGGCUGAACAUUGGAGCAAAGGAUUUGGCCAAAAUGGCAGUAAAGUACCAAGUGAGGACAAAGUAACAGAAAAGUUUAAAUCUAACCUAAAUGUUGAGGCGGAUGGCGACGAUUUUGUGUCAAGAUCACAGCCAGUGCCUUUGCAACAUGAUCAUCCAAGUUUGGACUAUAUUCCGUCAGGAUCUUGCCGUCUCACUUCGUCCAAACGAAAGGAAUGGGGUGUAAAACCUGAUGAUUUUUUUAGUAUUUAUUUUUCCACUGCUGAUGACUUGCUAGACAAUUUUCAAGAAGAACUGCUACAGUCUGGCCAUACAAAAGACAACUCAACUCAACAUAGAAACCAAGUUGAAUUAAUAUGGACAUCGAUAAGCAAAGACCUCGUCAUGUUUCCUAUAAAUCCCCUUUCGAACAUGCAUUUGUUAAGGGAUUAUUACCAUCGGCCUACAUUUAAAACUAUUGGCAAAAAGGAUGGAGUGCAGGCGAGCACCUUGCGUGCACGUUAUGGAUCUUUAGGAAUGUUUUUACAGUACCUCCGACGUAACGAGAUUUUUGCUGGAAUGAGCAGAUUGCAGCUUUCCUCUCUUUCACAAUCUGCUAAUGAUUUCAACAAGCAGUUAAACCCGUUGGUGAAGCAGAGAAAGGUCGAAAUUAGAAAGAACAAGUGCAAGCAGCUGCUUCGACCAACGCAUUUUAUCAAGUAUGGUGAGAGCAAAUUUGUGCAACAUUUGAUUUCACAAGUGCAGAAGGGAGUUACAAAGAGGAGCCAAUUUACAAGAUCGUUUGCUAUUCAAUUUCGUGACUAUUUGAUCACCAAUUUAGUUAUUGGAAACGGAUUGCGUGCCUCUAACAUUAUCGAGCUGACAACAAAGGAUGUGGAUAAUGCUACAGUUGUGGAGGGCUAUGAAGGACAUAAAGUACUUUCCAACUACAAAUACAAGACAAGUACAAUUUAUGGCGAAAAAUUCAUCGUCGUAAAUGACAUGCUCUAUUUGCAACUUCAAUUUUUCCUUCGCAAUUUGAGAUCAAUAAUUUCAAAAAACCCUUCAUUAAAAGUUUUUCUUCCUGCCUCUGGAGCGCCGAAGAUGAGCCAAACAAAUGUGUCGGCAAGCUUAACGGCAAGUUUUAAACUUGCAAAAGUUUUAUUUCAAAAUGAAUACCAACGCAUUUCAUGUACAAGAGUGCGAUGUGGUCUGGCAACGUUUGCUUGUAACGAUGGCGGCUUUGAAUCAGGUUUUUUUGCGAAGCAUUUUAUGAAAAACAAAGAACAGACGACGGACAUGCACUACAACUUACUGUCGAAUCGCAGACAUGCGUUGAAUAUAGCCAUGAAGCUAUAUGCUUCUUUCAACGGCGUCGAUGGAGAGAAAAUUACGAUUGAACCAAAAGAUGUCCAUGAAAUAGCCGAUAAGCUUAAAAAAUCUUCCGGGAAUCUGAACAAAGAACAGAUACUUCGCUGGUUAAAAAGUAACGAUCCACAUGUCACCAAAAGCGAGUUGGCUGAUUUCGAGGAAAUGUUAGCUGAGUGUGAUCAAAAACCAAGCGGAAAUACUUCAAGUUUCUAUGGUGCUUCGCAGCAGGAGAAAGAUAUUGAUUUUAUUUCCGUUGCUAACUUGGAUGGUACUACCACAGAAAACGAAAAGCUAAGUAGCGAGCGCAGCUCUGAAGAUGGCGACAGUGAUAGCGAGAAUGAAAGUUUUGUUAAUUCCCACGAUGGCAGCUUAGAGGAGCAGUGGACAGAUAAAAAUGUUAAAAACAUCAGCAAAAAAGUUUCUACUAGGACGAAGGUCGAAAUAACAUCUGAUUCCAGUGGCUCAGAUAUAGACUGCGAUCAUCUACAGAGUGAUAUCCAGGACGUUCUGUUUCAAUAUGACCAAAGGCGACCAGGAGAUCUCAUAUAUGCACGACAAAGUGGUGGAAGGAUUGCCUAUUUGAUGUGUGCUCACUUUUGUGAGCCAUUGAUUAUCCGAAAGCCAUUUGAUAAUGAAUUUAGUGUCGAAACAUUUAAAGAUGAAGAAGUGGCUUAUUUUAUAAGUAAAAUUAAGAGCAGUAUUUUGCGCAAACAUCUGGAAAUGUUUACCCCAACGAGUGUUAAAUUUUUCGUACUGGCCCUAAGAAGAAAAUAUUGGUCUAAUGUUAAGCUUAAUUUCACAAAAUGGAAGAGAUUCAGAAAAGAAGGGUCUAGCAUGAUUCAAAUGUGUAAAGAUUACAAUGAUUUUUCUGUUACCUCGCCUGAGCAAAGAAAUAAAGAUAAUGACCUCCAUCACACUAGUCAAACCAGCGAUUACAAAGAAGAGUCAAGUAGCGCCAACCAAGACUUAUCGCAAAAAGACAAUGCCAAAUCUGUGGUCUGCGUCAAGCAAACGAAGAACUAUGAAUUAAGAAAGGCUACCGUCUAUGUACCACCAACAGUAUGCGACACUCCAUCAUUUAUGCAUGACCCAAACGAGGUGAAGCAACAGAAUCCAAAAGCAUCAGAGGUUCUCCAAUCUUGUAACGACCAUUUUACGCGUCCAAAAGAAGAACAGGCUUUGGGGGAUGAGCAAUGUUGCUUGACAAAUGUAGAUCCCUCAAGCAAUUUCAUUUGCAAAAAGAUCGACAGUUAUAUAGGCCAUGGUGUAUUUGCUUUAAAAAAAUUCAUACCUGGCGACUUUCUUCUCCAGUAUCCUGGAAGUUUAGUGACCGCGGAAAAGGGUGAUAAACUGGAAAAAUACUAUGAAAAGAAAGGAAAAGGAUGCUAUCUUUACUUUUUUAAUUACCAUGGAAAAAAAUUAUGUGUGGAUGCUACAAAAAACAAUCGGUUGGGCAAAUUUGUCAAUGACAGCCAGAAGUCCUACGCCAACAGCGUAAUGAAAGUAAAGACGUUUGGUGGGAAACCUUUUCUUUGCUUAUACGCAUUGAAAACUAUUGAGAAAGGUUCAGAGAUCAGAUAUAGUUAUGGCGAAACUUCUGGUCUGACUUGGCGAAAAAUGGCAAACUACAAAAGGCCAUUUUCCUUGACAACUCUGGGUAAGAUGGAUGAAUCAGUAGACGCCAACUUAGAGCUAUCACCUGAUCGAGAAUUAGAUUUAGGUUAAUGUUUCGUUUGUAUUUAAUGGAAGGUCCGUUUAUGUAAAUGUUAGAUUUCACUCUAUAUGUUUAGAUAACUACAGGGUCAGCGGACGUUAAUUUUUUCUAUCUCUUUAAUUUUUAAAUAUGCUACGCUAAAAGUAUUGAACGAUAUUAUUUUUAACUGCCAUUUUGUAUAUUGCGUGUAUAUAUGAUUAUACUCAUUACUGCGUAUCUAACUAUUAACUUUUAGUUGGUUCUUACAAACUAAGAUUUGGAUAGUUACAGUACUAUUUUAACCUAAUUUAGUGAUAAUUUCUGAUCUUUGGCGAAACUAUAGCGCUGUCCCUGUAAAUGUAUUUAUUCAAUCUGUAAUCAGUGUUGAUUUAAAGAUAAUUAUAGUUACGAAAUAAUUAGCUUGUAAUGGUUGCAAUGGUUGUUUUGAUUAUCCCAGUAAUAAUCCUUUGUAAACAAUUAUGCAAAACUGCACCAUUACUUUUAGUUCAUCUGUAGCCAAUUAUUGCUUAGUUCUUGUUACACGAUAAAUUAAAAGACACACAAAA